UAUAAAAAGUGCGGGAGAUAAAGAAACAAAGCUAGAUCAUCAUGCGGUCGUUUAUCAUCUGACAGAGAAAUUCCCCUUCCAUCCGAGAUGAUAAACAUGCGAGAUACGACGCACCGUAUCUGGCCAUCAGAUAAGUCCUCACCGCUAAUAAACACGCUUUUUCACUCGGUCACUCGGUGCUGUCACAGCCGUCCGAGGCGCGUGCAAGCGCCACAGAUGAUUUAUGGUAGCUUAAUCCUCGUCCUUCCUAUAUACAAGCUGGCUUAACGUCGGUGCUGGCGCAGUUGUUUUGAUUGGAACCUGGGGCAACUGUUAGGCUGCCCUUGCUGACAUUGCACUUGACCUCUUUGCGUCUCGUCUCCCCAGUCUUCCAAUCCAUGGUGGACAUUACCUGCAAAUAGCUCCAACCCAAAAACCCGGCCGCGGCACUUCAAUGUUGACCCUUAAAAAGCCAUCAAUUUCAUGCCAAUUGACUCCGCAAUUCAUUAAAAACGAAAAAAAACGGUGGCAGUGGUGUCAGUGCACCGAUAAUGGUCGCGUUCCACCAGCCUGUGCCGUGCGUGAAUGCCCGAGCGGCUAAUCAAAAAUUAUUUUAAUGACUCUUUUGGACUGGGUCGUCGCUUAACCAUCUGUUCCGGCGUGUACUAUCUGUUAACUGUGCUUGAUCCACAAAAUGAAGGUUUCGAUUGGAACGACUAUCAGCAGGGUUUAAUUUUGGGAGCAUUCUACUGGCUACACUGGAUUACGCAAAUACCGGGCGGUAUUCUAGCGCGCCGGUACGGUACGAAGCUGGUGUUCGGUGCGAGCAAUGUGAUCGGUUGCUGGAUGUGUUUCCUGAUGCCGAUCGCCGCCUACUGGGACUACCGUGUGCUGGUCGUGCUGCGCGUUCUACAAGGACUCAUUUGCGGUCUUGCCUGGCCAGCGAUGCACCAUAUGGCUGGGCAGUGGAUUCCCCCGAACGAACGGAGCAAGUUCGUAACCGCUUACCUGGGCAGCUCCGUAGGAGUGGCGCUCAAUUUCCCCCUGUUUGGGUUCAUCAUCUCGUGGACCUCCUGGGAGUAUGUGUACCACUUUUGCGGCAUCUUCGGCACGGUGUGGUAUGUCGCCUGGCUCUACUUCGUGUACGACUCACCGGCCGAACAUCCUCGCAUCCAUGCGAAUGAGCGCAAGUACAUUGAAAGUUCGCUUGGCAUUACGGCCCAGUCGACAGCACGGCGGGAGCAGCAACAACAGGAGCAGGGCACACCCUGGCGCAAGAUCAUACUCUCCCGCGCCAUGUGGAUGACGAUCAUUGCCCAGUGGGGUGGCAUCUGGGGUCUGUUUACGCUGAUGACGCAGGCACCGACGUACUUCAACAACGUGCACGGGUGGAACAUCGAGAUGACGGGCUUGCUGUCCGGGAUUCCCCAUCUCUGCCGUAUGCUGUUUGCGUACGUGUUCUCGAUCGUUGGCGAUCAUCUGCUCAAGCACGAGCUAAUGUCCCGGACGGGGGUGCGCAAGAUGGGCGGCACCCUAUGCUGCGUCGUGAAUGGGAUAUUCGUGUUUAUCCUCGCGUCCAGUGGCUGCAAUUCGCUCAUGGCCACCAUUUUCCUUACGCUAGCCACCACGGUGCAUGGGGCGGUAUCCACUGGUCCGCUGGCGAAUCUAGUCGACAUGAGUCCCCGGUAUGCGGGCAUACUGUUGGGUUUCAGCGGUAUGAUCACCGUUGUGCCGGGAUUCGUGUCUCCAAUCAUUGUCGGAAUGCUUGGGAAUCACACGGUGGAGCAAUGGAGAAUCAUUUUCCUCAUCACUUCCGGGACGCUUAUCAUCUGCGGGCUGCUCUAUAUGGCGUUCGCCGACUCGACACUGCAGCCUUGGAAUUCGUGUGAGGAUUUGUCCAGUGUGCAUGAUGAUGAGCUGAAGGGACUUAAGAUAUCGCCGCCCAACGCAACGUUCCCGGAGAAGCAAGAAGCGGACGACCAAAAGGAGGACGAUUCUGCUGCCCUUCGCUUAAGCUCGGUCUGAGCGACAGUAUUAGUGUGGUACGCUCAUUUCCCUGCAAUUCUGUGCCAAAGUUGUUAAUAAACAUGUGUCGGU